AUGGCACGACCAACAACAACGGGACCUGCAGCUGUUGCUGCUGGCGCUUCCUCUGGUGCUGCAGAUGCUGCUGCUGCUGCUGUUACCCAGGGGCGUCGGAACCCUCCUCCCCCACCUCCUGUAUUGCUAUGUGGAGUAGGGGAAUCGCAGCAUCAGCAGAUGAAGCAACAUGAGGCAGCAGCAGAAGCUGCAGCCGCGUGCCCUUUCUUGGCUUCACAGUGGUCGAGGGCAACAGGAGGGACGAUAGGUGCAGCAGCACCAGGAACAUAUGUAACAAAUAUAUUGGCUGCAGCAGCGGAUGCAGCAGUUUGUCGUGAGGGUGUCAUAGAUUUGCUUGGAGACCCAGAAAUCAGGUGUCGCCCAAGCAUCAAGCAUAGCAGCAGCAGCUCCAGCAGGAGCAGCAACAAGGACAGCAACAUCGACAAACGUGGUGUUCUUGGAGAUCCUGAAAUUAGUCGUCGCCCAAGCAGCAACCUUAGCAGCAGCAGCUCCAGCAGGAGCAGCAGCAAGGAGAGCAACAUCGAUAAACGUACCGAAUGGACGCGGAGGCAGGUUGGCAUGCAUCUGGUCCGUUUUGGGGCAUUUGCGGCCGGGGCAUUCGUUGGUUUGCUGCUGCUGCUACUGGAGCGGCAGCAGCAGGAGGAAGAGCUGCAGCAAAACCUGCAUUAUGUAGGGCAGCAGGAGCUCCUGCAGCAACUGCAUCACCGGGGAGAUAGCUGCAUGAUUGGAAGGAGCGUCGCUCGUGGCUUUUGGGUGGUUGUCUUUGCUGGUGUGAUGGUACACAAGCAGCCAGACAGCAGCAGUAACAGCACCAGCAACAACAGUAGCAGCAGCAGCAGGUCUCUGACAGUAGACAUGUGCUAUCAAUGCAUUGCACUGUCUGUGGCAGGGUGCUGUUUGAUGUUUUUCUCGCUUCUGCUGUUGCAGUGCCGCUUGUCGUGUGCAGCAGCAGCUGAGGCACUGUUUAUCUUGCUGCUGUUGCUGCACCAUAGCACAGAAUAUCUCUUUGUCCUGUCCUUCCAUCCACAAGAUCUCAGCUUCGACUCAUUUCUGCUUAACAACAGUCAGGUGUAUGCUGCGGUGCUGCUACUGGCACUGCUGGAGCAGCAACUCAAACCUUCAGUUGCCGCUGCAGUGCUAAACAGCAGCAACGCGCUGCUGUUGCAGCUCCUGCUGCAGCAGCAGGUCCACCUGCCGCAGCUUGUGCUGCAGCUGCUUACCUUUGCCUGGCAUGUGCUGCUGCAGCGUCCCCUCCUCCCGAGUGAUUUGGACGUGUUGCUGCUGCCUCUGCAACGGCAGCAGCAGAUUGUUCCUUCAUCUCCCGCCACUACUGCAUCUGCAGGAGCGGCAGGAGCAUUUGAACCACCAUCUGAGGUGUACUGGCAGCUCUACAUUAUGUGCAUGUUGGUGCUCAUAUCCGCUAGCGGUCUGGUUGCUGCAAUAGGGGGGUUGAUGCUUCGGUGUUUGGGCUUCCUCACUUUAAGGGAGAAUUUUACCCAUCAGAUCAGGAGGAAAAAGACAGAAAAGCAUCGUCUGUGCGUCCACGGUGUAUACAGUAAAUGCAGGCAUCCGGCAUACGCAGGCUGGUUCUGGUGGGCUGUCGGCUCGCAGAUUGUGUUGCUGAAUGUGAUUUGCUGUUGCCUGUUUUCCGUCGUUUCCUUCGUGUUCUUUCUGGAGCGGAUUUCUUUCGAGGAGAAACAGCUGAUUAAAUUAUUUGGAAGGGACUAUGAGGUGUACAGGCACCGCGUUAGGACCAUCGGCAUCCCUGGCUUGCAGUCGGCUUUGGACGCAGCGGAAAAAGCGCAGCGACGUUCUUCGUGA